ACAUUCGAUACUUUCUCUCUCACCCCAGCAUAAUUAAUUUAAAAAGAAAAAAAAAAGAAAAAGAAAAAUCCAUAGCUUUUCUCAAUCAGCUCUCAGUUUCUCUCUGAUUUAAGAAACGAACCGUAUCUCCACAACACACUCUCUCUCUCUCAAUUCUCAUCUCUCUGUCUCUCUUUCUCUCUUUCUCUCUCUCUCUAAACUGUUUUUCUCUCUCUAUAUUCGCCGGCGACAUGUUCAAUGCAACUUUCCGGCACCGUCGCCGGCGUUCAACCAUCUAGAGAACCGAUCAAACCUCCUACAAUUUCUCCGGCGGCGUCGCGGCGCCUUUCCGGCGAGAUUCAAAUAAUUCUCCGCCGAUUUUGACCUUUUCUCGAUCAGACAAAAUCUCCGCAAUCUUGACACCGACCUCUUUGUUCGGUUCAAUUUUGUUGUUUUGUAUUUAAUUUUUGUUUUGUUUUUUUUCACACAAUCAUUUGAAGCAGAGUUCUCGAGAAAAUCAGCCGGAAAAUAUUGAUUCUCCGUUGGUCUCGCCGGAAUAUUGAAUCGUGACCGGAGGGCCCUGCAAAUUGAGGUUUUGCUUCGUCAUACUUGUAUUGUAUUGUAAGUUAUAUUCAAUACUUGGUUGGAUUGAUUGUUUUUGAGUAUGGAGUGUGAUAGCAGUGAUUUAAUAGGAUGAUGGAUAUGUGGAAUUAUAGCAGUGAUUUAAUAGGAUGAUGGAUAAAAUAAUAGACAGAGAACAGUAACAUGCAAAGAUCGGAAUAUUUUUUCUGGUUACGGGGAAAGUGAUUGGGAAUUGAAUUUGUGAAUUUGUCAAUCAAAUUGGUGUUGUUUUGGGGGUAAAUUUGCAUAGUUUAGUUGGGGGGGUAUACUAAAGAUUUGAUAACAUGGCAUUACAUACUGAUAGGUCGAAGAAACAAUUAAGUCCGUAUAAGAAAAAUAGGUCGUGCUCAGAGUAUGUGAUCGAGGAAGAAGAAGAAGAAGAAGAAGAAGAAGAAAGUGGUGUGUCGGAAAUGGGGUCGGAGAGAAGAGUUUAUGAUGGUCGAAAAAAAUUGGGACCAAGUGAUUCUUUUCUACCUGGUCUACAUGAUGAUGUUGCUUUGACUUGUCUUGCUUGGGUUUGUAGAUCUGAUUAUGCUUCCUUGUCUUGCUUGAAUAUGAGGUUUAAUUCACUAAUGAAAAGGGGGUACUUGUAUGAUUUGAGGAAGCAAUUGGCGAUUGUGGAGCAUUGGGUGUACAUGGUUUGUGAUCCAAGGGGAUGGGAGGCAUUUGAUCCCAGGAGAAAUAAGUGGAUGACAUUGCCGAAAAUCCCAUGUGAUGAGUGUUUCAACCAUGCAGAUAAGGAGUCGUUGACUGUGGGCAGUGAAUUGCUGGUUUUUGGCCGUGAAUUGUUUGAUUUUGCCAUUUGGAAGUACAGAUUAAUUUGUCAGAAAUGGGUGAAGUGUGAAGGAAUGAAUCACCCUCGUUGUUUGUUUGGGUCUGGUAGUCUAGGUUCAAUUGCUAUCAUUGCAGGAGGGAGUGACAAGAAUGGGAAUAUUUUGAAAUCUGCUGAGCUAUACGAUUCGAAAACUGGUAGAUGGGAAAUGUUGCCCAAGAUGCACUCUCCGCGUAGAUUGUGCUCAGGCUUUUUUAUGGAUGGCAAAUUUUACGUGAUUGGUGGAAUGACAAGUCCUACUGAUUCAUUGACUUGUGGAGAGGAGUAUGAUCUUAAGUCAAGGAAGUGGAGGAAAAUCGAGGGCAUGUAUCCAAAUGUCAAUAGGGCUGCUCAAGCACCUCCACUUGUGGCUGUUGUUGAUAACGAACUAUAUGCAGUUGAGUAUUUGACGAACAUGGUGAAGAAGUAUGACAAGGAGAAGAACUCGUGGAAUGUGUUGGGAAGGCUUCCAGUGAGGGCUGAUUCGUCCAAUGGUUGGGGCUUGGCUUUUAAGGCCUGUGGAAAGGAACUUCUUGUAGUGGGCGGGCAAAGGGGCCCAGAAGGUGAAGCCAUUGUUCUGAACUCAUGGUGCCCAAAGUCAGGCGUCCAAAACGGCACUUUGGAUUGGAAAGUAAUUGGUAUGAAAGAGCAUGUUGGCGUGUUUGUGUACAAUUGUGCUGUGAUGGGUUGCUGAGGAUUUUUGUAUUUUGACUCACUUGGAGGAUCAUGUAUCUUAAUGUGACCUAGCCUUCAUUUGCUUGCAUGUUUACCUGAUUGACCAGAAUUAUUUGAGGAGCUAGCUUCUCUGAAGAUGAGAACUUGUUUUUAUUCUCUUUUAACAUUCCUGAAUUGGAUGUACCUCACAUCCAUGAUCGUGCUAUAUGUGUGCUUUCAAGGCCACUGGAUAGAAGUAAUGUUGGUUUUUAUCUUUUUUGUUUUUUCCAAGUUAUGUUUCUGAUUCACAGCAAACUGCUUCAUACCAAUAAAUUGCAAAAUUUCAUUAUUUAGUGAUUUGGGGUUAUUUAUUUCAAGCUUCA